CAACCCAACCCUGUUCAUACUCGCCCACCCACCAACACCAAGAUGGCUCCUUUACGGGGCAGUACUCAACAUUUGACGUUAAUUUAUGUACAAGCCUGAAUUUAAACGCCUUCCUAAACCCGAUUUGAAGAUAUAAAGAGUUUUCGCGAGUGCAGAAAGUGAAAGGUGAGAUCUUGUGCAAGAAUUUAGUGUAAGAAAAGAUAGUUUUUCCCCAAAAAAUGCGCGAUCGGCCGGCUGGCGUGCCAGACUCGUACAUACUCCCCUGCUCCGACUUCAGCAUUCCCCAGACAAACAGUGCCAUUCCAGAUAACAAUUGCUCAUUGUUGUGCUAAAAAUUCGUAAAUCGUACAAUUAACGAUAAAAGUAGCAUUAUAAAUAUUCCACAAAAAAAAAAAAAAAAACGCCCGUUGAAUUAAUACUAAUCUUCACUGGAAAUUUUUACUAAUCACAAAAAAAAGAAUUAUCCUUUGAAAACGUUGAGUAUUACAAUCUAGACGAAUGUUUUUUCUAAGCGCACACAAUUAAUAUAAUAGAUUUUACUUGAAAAAAAAGAAGUGAAUGUAAACUGUGAUGUCAUUUAACUAUUGACAAAAAAAAAAAAAAACAAAAGUAAACAAAGUCAAAUAAAUUGUUGCAAUAUCGUCAAAGAUGUUACCAAAGGGAAAUAGUACUGAUUUUUAUAAAUAAUGUUUUGAAUCUCAAUGACCAAAGUUAUUCUAUUCGAAUCUCGAUAAUUAAGAAAAAAAGAAGUGCAUCUUUUCUUAUUUGAAUGAAAAGAAAAAAUGUCCUGAAAAAAAAUACAAUAUAUAUAUAACGAUAUUCAACGAAGGUAACGGUACGCAAGUACAAUUUUCACAUAUGAUUAUAUUCUGUGCGUUACCUGGAUGCGUGUAAUUUUUUACGAUGGCGCGAAAGAGCGAUAACUUGAGGAUCAUCAAUGUUGCCGUCGUUGGCUUAUCUGGUACAGAAAAGGACAAGGGACACGUUGGUGUUGGAAAAUCAUGCCUCUGUAAUCGUUUUAUGCGAUCUCUCAGCGACGAUUACAGUGUGGAUCAUAUUUCCGUUCUCUCACAGUCGGAUUUCAGUGGUCGAGUGGUGAACAAUGAUCAUUUUCUCUAUUGGGGUGAAGUUUACAAAACGGCUGAGGAUGGUUUGGAGUAUCAAUUUCAAGUGAUAGAACACACUGAAUUUAUAGACGAUGCUUCAUUUCAGCCGUUCAAAGGCGGCAAAAUGGAGCCAUAUGGAAAACGUUGUUCGGCAACAAAAAUAACAAGCGCUGAAAAGCUGAUGUACAUUUGUAAAAAUCAGCUUGGUAUUGAAAAAGAAUAUGAGCAAAAAGUUUUACCCGAUGGCAAAUUGAAUAUCGAUGGUUUUUUAUGCGUCUUUGAUGUGAGCGUUGUGCCUAAUCGUCCAGUAGAAAAGCAAAUUGAGAUCGUUGCUAAUAUUCUAAAUAAUCUAGUGAAAACAAAAAAGCCCGUUGUAUUGGUAACAACAAAAAAUGAUGAUGCAAAUGAACAAUAUGUUAAAGAAGCGGAGAAACUUAUUUUACGUAAAGAGUACAAAAAUUCAAUAGCCUUUGUUGAAACAUCGUCACAUGAGAAUAUUAAUAUUGAUUUGGCGUUUAUGAUUUUGGCACAAUUGGUCGAUAGAACCAAAAUACGUAGUAAAAUAAUACCAUUUAGUGAAGCAGCAAGGGGACGAAAAGAACUAUUAGAUGCAUCAACUGAAUCAUUACAAAGGCUUAUAAGAAUGCAUGUCUCUGAUUAUCGUGCAUUAUGGUCACAGGCAUCGAAAAAAUUAGCACAACAUAAAGAAUAUAUGACUUUUGUUGAGCUAUUUGGUAUUGACGCUACACAAAGAUUGUUUAGAAGGCAUAUUAAAAAAUUAAAAGACGAACAAGUUGCGAAAAAAGUUCAAGGCUAUUUGGAUAUGCUUCCUGAUAUACUUCAUGAAAUUUGUCCAGAUAUUUCUAAUUUAAUUAAUGAAGAGUGGUCAAUUGUUCAACAAUAUAUAAAAGAACAUCCGGAUUUUCAUCAGUACUUUUAUGAAUGCCCUGAAGAUAUUUCUUGGAUUGAUUAUGACUUUGGUGAAAAUAAUACUUCGAAAAUUCCUUAUGACGUAUUGGAAACGUCAGAGGCUGAGACAGUUUUUAAGAAUCAUAUAAAUGCUUUACAACAGGAGCAACGGAGACUUGAAUACAAAAAGCAUUUUAAGUUGUUGCUGGAGGAAACGGGCUAUGUUACACCUGGAAAACAUCUUUCUGAAGUUAGAGUACUUUUCAUGGGUCGAGAAUGCUUUGAAGCUCUAUCACAUCACGACUGUCAAGAAGUUUAUGAUAAACAUCAAAAAGAGAUUAUCGAGAAAGCAAAACAUAAUUUUCAAGAAUUAUUAUUGGAACAUGCCGAUCUCUUUUAUCAUUUUAAAAGCUUAGCACCAUCCGGUACUAUUACUCAAGAUGAUAUAAAAGAUAUAACUGAUGCAUUGUUAGAUGACUUUAGAUAUAAGGCUUUAGAUAGAUUGGAUCAAGAUAGAAAGCUGAUGCUUUUUCAACAUUUAGGAUUUGUACAUUGUCCUAUUAGGGAACAUUGUCCCGCGUUUCCAAAUUGUAUGGACGCUCUUAUUGAGCGAAUACUUGGAACAAAGGCGCACAGACCGUCUUCCUGGAAUCAUAGUAGUCAGUGGCAAUUAACGUCCGAUAAUAAUCAGCUAAAUUUAGUAAUUCUUGGUAGUAAUGGGCUUAGUGAGGAAUUUGCUUGUGAGAUUAGAGCGCAGACAGAAGACGAUGAGGUUGAAAUUGAUUGUCAAAUGUAUACACUUGGCUAUAGAGUUAUCGACGGAGAUGUUGGAUUACCGCACAAUUCAUUCACAACAUCGGAUUUUAUGCCUCAUGGAUCAUUUUGCAUUUACUCAAACGAAGAUUCAUUUGAAUAUAUUCGUUCGUCUUUGGAGAAAACACUUCUUUCAAAUUUGGAACAGGAAGAUCGGUUACCAUUCCAGGGAUUACCUAUCGUGAUCAUGUUUGUGCCUGAUCAAUGUAUUGAUGAAAUGGAAGCAUCACGAUUACGUGUGGAAGGGCAAAAUUUAGCUGACAGUUUACAAUGUCCAUUUAUUGAUGUUUGCAUUGACGAUUUGGAGCAAAAUAAACGUUUUCCAAGUUCGCUGGUCAAGGAAGCUUUACAGCAACUUGUACAGUCAAUAAAUCAUCGUGCGGGUUUUAUAAACAUUUAUCAGAGUGUGAUUGAAUGUCUGGAACCUGAUAUUAGAAUUAUAAUGUGUAUGUUCUGCGGUGAUCCCUAUUCCGUCGAGAAUGUUCUUGGUCCAUUGCUAAGUCAUCAGUGUUGUUUUUUAAGUGGUGAAAGAUCAAUUGUAUUGGAAACUUAUUUAGGUGAAUCAAAACGACGAGUAGAGGUGAUUAUAUCAAGUUUUCAUGGGGCAAACGCUUUUCGAGAUGAACUUGUUCAUGGUUUUAUAUUGGUGUAUUCUACUAAAAGAAAAGCUUCUCUUGCAACAUUAAAUGCAUUUUCGAUGAAUAUUCCAAAUUUACCGAUACAAAUAAUGGCUGUUACGGAAAGUGGAGGUGCCAAUGCUUUCUUUAGCAAUGAUUUAAGUCAUUUACUUAUCACCGAGGGUAAUGCAACUGCAGAUAGGCUUCAGGCUCAUUUCAUGACAUCUUCAUCCAGUUGUCAACAAAAAACUGCUUUCUAUACACCAUUCUUCAAAGAAGUUUGGGAGAAGAAACCAGAAAUUGAACAAGCAUUUAAUAUGGAAGAACCGGGUAAUUUGAAUGACAGUGGAGAAGGAACUUUGGAAUAUUCAGCACUUCAUCCAAUGCCACCACCUCGUCAUGAAAGUUAUCAUCUUCAAACACCUGACGAUGGUAUGUCUGUCACUUUUAGAAGUGGUUCCGAGUCAUACGAGCAAUUGACUCCCGAUGGUGAACUUGGAGAGACUGGUUUAAAUGAACAUUUUUGUCAUAAUCGAGCUACACCCAGUGAUGACAGUGAUAUUUACAGUCAAGUUGAUUUUCAUCGUGAAGAAAGAGAACGAGAAAUGCAUAAAGCUAAUAAACUACCAGGUUGGGUAAAAGAAACCUUCAUGAAUCAGGAUAGUGUCUCGAAUAGUUAUUCCCAUCGGGCAUUUACAACAGGUCGUCGUCAUAUAUCGCAAACUAAACCACGUCCAAAAGGGAAUAGCCAAACGCUUAAGCAACCGGGUAAGAUAAAUUUGAAGGAUUUUUCAAAUGUGACAGACGCGAUUGCCCGUAUGACCAUUGGCGAGAAGGAUGAACAUGGAUCUAAAAUGUUGGGUCACGCGCCAUUGGCUACACCGGAAUUGGUUGAUCUCGGUUCAGAAUAUGCUCAGGUCAAGGACGUUGUUCCAAAUUUAUAUUCAUACGAUGGAGAUUAUAUGUAUACACUUGUUCAUGAUUCUAUUGGAAAUAAUAAAUCGAAAAUGAGAUACAGGCGAAAAAAGGGACAACCAUCUUAUAGCGAUUCAGAUUCAGAAUGGAGUUCAUUGGAGACAUUAGCUGAUUAUGUUGGUUCAGCGAAUAAAAAAGCAUCGGCUCAUAAAAGAAUACGCAAAAAGCGAACUGCAAUACCAGUUGCUACACCCAAGGUUCCAUCUUUAACUAGCAUGAAAAGUGGUGAAGGUAUUGUUGGUCUAAAUUAUGGAAUGAAGGACGAUAAAAAUUGGAGAGUUGAUCCAAUUGAAAGAGUUUCCAGCGAAUCUCCAGACUCAUCAGAAUCGAGUGAUCCAGAGCAUAAUUCUAGAUCAAGAUCAAAGCAGUACUUACAAGCCGCGGCUCAUUUACAGAAAAGAUUUGGAAAUUCCAUUCCGCAUCAACAUUUAGCAGCUACAUUGCAGCAUCCAUUUAAUUUAAAACAUAUGACACACGAUAUGUUUUCCACACAUUCCAAGCAUAGAGGUGAUAAUAAUUUCGGAAAUAUGCCCGAUGAUGAAUCUAGUAUUGAUGUUUCCUCUCCGAGAGAAAUAAAUUCUCCCAGUUUUGGUAUUCUUACUAAGGGAAAGGAUGGCGAUAAAUUAACAAGAAAGAGAGACAAGCAAAAGGCGAAGGAAGAUGAAAAAAUGGAGAAACGUCGAUUGAAAGAGGAGAAAUUAAAGAAACAUGCGGAGAAAGAAAGAGAACGAGAAAAAAAGAAACAGGAGAAAAUGAAGCAGACAAAAAGUAGUACAGCAAUAACAAUGUCAACUCAAAUGCAACAACAACCAUUAAUUGAAGAUUUUGCUCAAAGUGAAACAAAUCGAAUACCUCUUUUUCUUGAAAAAUGUGUACGCUUUAUUGAGGACGAGGGACUUGAUUCCGAAGGAAUUUAUAGAGUACCUGGAAAUCGAGCACACGUUGAUCUUCUCUUUCAAAAGUUUGAGGAAGACGUUAACGUCGAUAUACAUUCUUUGGACAUUCCUGUAAAUGCCGUGGCAACGGCUCUAAAAGAUUUCUUCUCAAAGAGAUUACCACCGCUUAUUGAUAAAGAACGUAUGGCCCAAUUAGAAGAUAUUUCAGGCGCGCGUGGAAUUAGUACAUCAACAUCAUCUACUUGCAUGAAUAUGGAAGAUAGAAGUUGUAGACUAUUGGCCCUACGACAAAUGCUGAGUAAAUUAAAUCCAGUCAACUUUGAUGUUCUUAAAUUCAUUUUUCAACAUUUUGUAAAAGUGGCUGAAAAUUGUAAGCUAAAUAGUAUGGAUAGCAAAAAUUUGGCAAUUUGCUGGUGGCCUACGCUCUUACCAAUUGAAUUCAACGAUUUGGGUAGAUUCGAAGCAAUGAGGCCGUAUUUGGAAGAUGUUGUGCAGACAAUGAUCGACCAAUAUCCUUUUCUAUUCUGCGGCAAGGAAGCCAUUGUAAUGGUCUAGGUGUAAACGUGCCAUGAGACAAGGUAUCCCGACCACAGAGCAAUAGUAUGCUUUUUCUCUCUUGUAUAGUAAGGUAUAUUUGUUAUAUAUAAUUUUUUCUUCCCUUCAAAAAAAAAAAAAAAAAAAAAAAAAGAAAUGCUCAAUUUCAAGCGAGCAGAGUCAGCUUUGAAUCUCUUCGAAUCUAUGUCACAAAAAAUGAACAACUUGAACAAUUACGCAUAAUAGUUGGUCUCAACUUAGUUUAUAAUAGUUUUAUUUUUUCGUCAUAGGUAUUAUACGAUUAUAGAUUAAGCCUAAAGAUAACGCGAAACGAAGAAUUUUUUCCCACUUUUUUUUUUAAUUUCAGGGUCUUUUUUGAGUUUUUCUUUACUAUAUAACUAAUCUGAUCAAAUUCAUGAUUCCUGAUGAGCCGAAUUUUCAAAUUGGCAUUGACGAUUUAUCAUAAGUCGUCUGUCAUUAUAUAUAAAAAAAUUUAAUAGUAUGCAUGAGUCAUGUUGGAUGUAUGGAAGACAUUGUAUUUAUUAGCAUGUGUUAGCGGUCGUUGAAUCGUUAGCGAUUAAAUGGUACGAAACAUACUCGAUGUUGCUCUUACGUUAAUGCUUUUUUCCAUUUUUUAAAUUCUUGCACAGGCCUCAACGCACAAAUUAUUGAGACUCCUUUCUCAGGAAUAAAAUUAAACAAAAUUUAGAUAAAACUCGCCUAUUCCCACAGUUAUUAAAAAAAAAAAUUCUAGAAAACUAUGACCCUCAUUUGCAAUUUAAUAAUUCAUUAUCAAAAUUUUUGAAUUGCAAAUUUUUUAUAUUUUAAAAUAUCAACGGGAAAAAUAGAAAAUUUUAAUUUCAUAGUUUUAUCGUUUUCUUUAGUUCGCGUUGCGAUUUCGAAAUGUGCUUCAAGUAAUUAGAAAGCAAGUGUCAUCUAUAGAUGUGCCAUAAUUUUAUGGAACUUGAUGUUAAGAUGAUAAUAGUGGUACAUUUCAGCGAUUCAACAUCUAAAAUCAUUGGUCGAUGCGACGAAUGUUAAUUUCACAUGUGAUAACAUUUUUAAAUAUAAAUAAAUAAAUAAAUAAAAAAUAUAUAUAUUAUAUAUAUUAAAUACAGAGAAACUAAUUGAAUGCUGUGUAAAGACGUUAUGAACUUCAAUAUCAGUACAAGUUCAAAUAAUUAAACUCAAAUCGUAUCAUUUUACAAGAUCUUUGUUUUUAGUUUUUUAAUUAUUAUUAUUAUUAAUAAUUAUUAUAAUCUCAUUGCUUUUUAGUCGAGAUGCUUUCGGAUGUUGCGAUUGCUGCAGUAUUUAAAUCUCGUGUGUGUCAAAAAGGACAUUCCAUAUUUGGAAUUUCAAUGUUUUCUAUAAAAAAAAUGUGUUUUUCGGUUCGAAGGCAUGUGAAUUUGAUGUUAAUACAAGAGAUCUUUCGAAUACUACGAUAUCAUGCUAAUAAUAAUAUUAAUAUUAAUAAUAAUCAAACAAAUCAAAUACAACGCCUUCUAACGUGAAAAAAAGCGUGCGUGUUGUCAUAUUUAUAAAGGGAAAAAUAAAAAAACAAGCGUUUUUGAAUAUAGUGAUAAUGCGUGAAUGUAAUUGUUGAGCUUGAAUUAGAGUUGAUAAAACGGAUUGUUCACUCACUUUUGAUCGUACCAAAAUUUUGUACAUUCAUAUGAACAUAUUUGUAGUAUAACUUUUUGCAAACGACCACAAACAUGUAGUCUUGCCUUAAUCGUCUCUUCGUUGCAUUAUAUUUUAUUUAUACAUUUUCAUUAUAAUUAUUUAAAUUUCUGUUAAAUUAUAAUUUUUGUAUUCUCUGAAAAACUCUGAAACUUUGAUCUUUAGAAUCAAAAAACAGAUAAUUAAUUUAUGAUAGAGAUUCAGAAUUUUUCAAUUAUAAAUUAAAUUACUUUUAUGAUGUUUUACAUAAAUUUUGUUUUUUGCCAAUUUAAUUUGGUGAAAAAAAUUUAUUGAUUAAAUUUAAUUAAAGAAAAAUAGAUUUUCAAAAAAAAAAAUUUAAUUCUACGAAGAAAUGAUCGUACAGGCUACUUUUUACUCAACAUUUUUGAUGUGAACUGGUUCGAAUGAUGAGCUGAUCAAUUUUUACAAUGGAAUUUUUUAAAGAGUGAUCAAUAGAUUUUUUCAUCGAUCAGUAUUCUCAUUAAUCGUAACCACAUAAAACUAAAAAAAAGCCUAAAAAAAAAGAAAAGAAUCAUUAAUAGAGUACGUCCGUAAAAAUUUUUCUCCUCCUAUAUUAUAUAAGAUGAGAUAACCAAAUAGUUAUUCUAUCUUUGAACAACUCGAUCAUAAGUACUCUUUUUACAAAUGAUUUGCCUAAAAAAAAAAUAAUAUAAAGGCCUCUAUCAAUCUAAAAUCGAUUUUUUAUUAAAAAUUAAAAUAUUCCCUAGAAUAAAUUUUAACAAAAAAAAUUUUAAAUUUACAUUUUCGUAAAUAUUAAACGACACACCGAAAAAAGUUCUUUAGAUUAUUUUAAUCUACAGCCGGCAAAUUUCAAGAGAUGAUCAUUAUAAAUAUAGAGGUAGAGACUAAAAAUGUGAAAUGUUUCAAUUUUAAUGAAAAAUGUUAUUUUUUCUUUGAAAAAAAAGAAUUACGAUAAAUUAGAAAAUUUUUAUUAUUAAAAAAUUUACAAAUCUUUAAGAAAUAUUCAAUUUUCUAAAGAUUGUAUUAAAUAGAAUUUUAAUUAUUGAAACAUUUCCCAUAAUGUAGGGGGGAAAUUGUCUUUAAAAUUAAUCUUUUUAAUGUCAGAGAAAAGGCGAGGAAAAGCAAAAUGAAUAUCGAUGUAAAAUUGAAGAUAUGUGCAGUAUUAGGGCUUCUUAGGUAGUCUUAAGGCAUUUACGUAUAUGUAUAAAUAUGAUUAUACAACAACAACAAAAUGUAUAAUUAUUUAUAAAUAUUAUAUAUAUAAUAUUUAUACAUCCAACAUGGCAUGUUCUGUGACAGUAUAAGUUGUCAAAGCGAGUGUCGUUCCAAAGAGCCUGCAACUUGUAAUUUAUUAUAAAGUUGCGAGAAAUCGCGAAUUGCAUCCGUGUUUUUUCUUCUACGAAAUUUGGAGAAUUAACGACGAUGCGGCCUAGGGGCGCGAAGGAGAUUAAAAAAAUAAUAAAGAAAAAAAGUGAGCGAAAUAAACGAGAGUAGAGAGCAAGGGAGAGACAUGCAAGAGCAAGGAACUGAUAAAAGAAACAAAUUUUAUGUUUUGCUUUUUUAUAUUUUUAAUUAUAAGAUGUUAAAAAAAAAUAUCAGUAAAAUUUUGGAAAUGAAAUUCACAAAAUAUAUAUUGAUAAAUUUUUUCUUUUCAAAUUCACGAACAAUUUGAUUUAGAAAAUUUUUUGGUCGCUUUUAAAAAUGUUUAAUAAACAUAUUUAUUUGAAAAGAAGAGGAAUUUUUCGAAAAUUCCUUGGUCUCGCAAGUCUUUCUAAUUGUACUUGUAUCAAUGCUUUUUAAUGUGUAUAUAUUGUUGCUUGCGUUCGGCCACUGUGUAUAUUGGGCUGCGGAUAUUAAAAUAAUAAUAAAUAAUAAUAAUAACGAUAAUAUUGGAUAUGUGGUAUGAUUGUGUGAGAAUGUAUGAAAAAGAGAAAGCAAUGAUAAUAGGAUAAAAAAAAGAAGAAGAAAAAAGAAAGAAAGAAAGAAAGAUACCAAGACAGAGAGAAAGAAACAAGUAUAUGAUAAAAAAAAUAAAAUAAAGGAAACGUUUGCUAAAUUGCCUGAUUGUCGGCGUUAAUAGAUUUGUGAAACAUAUUCAUUGAUGCUUGAUCGAAUAUCCGUAUCUAGUUCCGACCUACGAAUAAUGUUUACAAUUUCAAUCCUGUCGAAUUUCACGAUUCACGCUGGAACGAUGAAGAGGAAUGAAUUUUAGCUAAAAAAAAUAAUAUAAAUAAAUGUGCGUAUCUUAUACUUUUUGACGCAUUUAUAUUACAUAUGUUACGCAGCUAGAUAAAAAAAAAGAAAAAAAAAUGAGAGGCAACAAAGAAGACUUAGUAUAGAGAGAUUUUUUCAAUUAAAUUAUACUGUCAUCGCAAUAAGAAAAAAAUACUCAUUAUAAUUAAAAAAAAAAAAAAAAAAAAAAAAACACAAAACUUAUAAAAUACUUCCUGUACGAAAAAAAAAUCCAGGAAGUAAUUUGUGAAUUUUUUUUUUACAGAAAGUAUGUAAUUUUUGUUUUUCUUUUCUUUGUAUAUCACCGUAUUAAUAAAAAUUGAAACAUCGAAUUAAGUUGAUUAGUUUAAAGAGGAAAAAGAAGAAGAAGAAAAAGAAAGAAAAUAUAAAUAUAUUGUAUAUCUGAAUAAGAAAAAAAAAUUGUUCCCUGUGAAUUGUGGGUGACGUUCGACAGAUUUCUAUUUGCGAAAGGUUGUAACGGGAUUCGUUUAUAUCGAUUAAAAAAAAAAAAAAAAUUGUUGCAAAACUUGGCUUGAUGAAUUCCGUAAUGACUUUUCGUCACUUUUUUAAUAGGCUAGUUCGUCUUCGCAGAGCGAAAUGAGGCUGCGUAACGCACGUAAAACCGAAUGGAAAAGGGUUUUCGUUGUCAUCGAGAAAUUUUAUAUAACUGUCUUGAAAAAAAAGUUUUUUAAAUCAUUUAUUGUAUACCAUUGAUUCCAUUCAUAUCGAGAAUUAAUGGAUGACUCGCUUUUUAUAGUUAGUUGAUAAAUAAAUAAAUAAAUUAAAAAAAAAGAAAAAAGAAAAAUAGUGGAUAAAUGAUAGUAAUCGCUCUUUUCCAUCGGCAUUCGAACGUUUCGCAGCAAUCAUGCGACCAUAUUUCCCAAAGUCUAACAGAUUUUGAAUCAUUAUGACAGUGAGCCGUACAAAAAAAAAAAAAAUAAACGCGUGUACGCGAAAAUAGCGCCUAUGAUGGUUUAAAUGACGGUGAAGAAAUAAUAAAUAAUAAAAACAAAAAAAAAAAUAAAAUAAAAAAACACAAAAGUAUCGGUGUCCAAGAAGUAUUUAAAAUAAAAAUCGUCUUUAUGUACAAUUUCAA